AUGGCGGGCGUCGUGGUGUGCGGCAUUGCGUCCAACACGUGGAGAGAAAGAAAAAAAGAAGAAAAAGCAAGUGUAGGAGGAAAGAAGAAAAGGGCGUCGCGCCCCCAGAUGGACACCCAAAUGUCUGGUGUUUUCCGAUCCCGCGCACAACUCGCUCCCUCGCCACUGCUGGACGCGCUUUUGGACAUGGACACGGCGCUGAUUGCUCAACGCCCCCCGCCCAUGUAUGAGUCCCUCUUACCACUAUGGUCAAUGGACGAGUGGCCGUUCAAUCCCUGGAGGACACGUCGCUGGGACGCAAUCCAACUGUCAACUUCCGAAGAAGCGUGGACCUCGAGCUCCGAAGGCUUUCGUGACGAGAGACCUGGUAGGACAGGCCUGCUGCAGGUUCUACCAACGAGGGGGAGCUGCGCGCGAGAAAUAUCCAAACCCGGCUUCUUCUGGACCGAUCGACUCAACGAAGAUCAAAUACCUGCCUCGAAGCACGAGCAGGAGUGCGGAAACACAAAAAGACGGCUGGGUGGUUGGCUGAUGGGCUGCGUUGAUGGGCGUUGA